ACGGCACCGCCCGGCACCAUGCCCUGCGCCUUCGGCCGCAUCCUCCUCAUCGUCAUCCUCCUCCUUCCCAUCCUCCUCCUCCUGCCGCCGCCGCCCGCCGCCGCCUACUUCGGCUUGACCGGGAAAGAAGCUCUGACCCACUUCCCAUCCCUGGGACCCUCCACAAACACUGCCCAGGGGAAGGUCCACAUGAAGCAGUGUGACUUGCUGAAGCUGUCCCGCAAGCAGAAGAGGCUGUGCCGGAGGGAGCCUGGCUUGGCAGAGACCUUGCGGGAUGCCAUCCGGCUCGGAGUCAUGGAGUGCCAGUACCAGUUCCGCAGCGAGCGCUGGAACUGCAGCCUGGAGGGACGGACCAGCCUGCUGAAGCGAGGUUUUAAGGAGACUGCCUUCCUCUACGCUGUAUCCUCUGCUGCUCUCACCCACUCCUUGGCCAGAGCGUGUAGCGCUGGGCGCAUGGAGCGCUGCACCUGCGAUGACUCCCCAGACCUGGAGAACCGCAAGGCCUGGCAAUGGGGAGUCUGUGGAGACAACCUCAAAUACAGCACCAAGUUCCUGAAGAAGUUCUUGGGGCAGAAGAGGAUUGGCAAAGACCUGCGGGCCAAGGUGGACAUCCACAACACCAACGUUGGCAUCAAGGCUGUGAAAAAUGGUCUCAAAACCACAUGCAAGUGCCACGGUGUCUCUGGCUCAUGUGCUGUCCGGACAUGCUGGAAGCAGCUUUCUCCUUUCCAUGAGAUUGGACGACUGCUGAAGCUGCGCUAUGAUGAUGCCGUCAAGGUCUUUAGCACCACCAACGACGCUGUGGGACACUCAGAGCUGGCUGGCCCACAGAGACACAGCCAUUCGCUCAAGCACCCUGCUUCACCCCGCUCUACUGACCUGGUGUAUGUGGAAGAUUCCCCUAGUUUCUGUCGUCCCAGCAAAUACUCCUUGGGAACUGCUGGGAGGACCUGCUCAAGGGAAGGCAACUGUGACAGCAUGUGCUGUGGACGAGGCUAUAACACCCAGAGCCGGCUGGUUACCUUCUCUUGCCACUGUCAAGUGCAGUGGUGUUGCUAUGUUGAAUGCCAACAGUGCAUGCAGGAAGAGGUUGUCUACAGCUGCAAGCAGUAAAGACAGUGCUAGAGGGUCAAGACAAGUCCUAGAGCACAAGGAAGCAGUAGGGAGGGAGAGAUGGGAUUCUCUGCUGUAGGGUGAGGGCAAAGGCAAGCACCAAAAAUGUCCAGUGCUCCUGUUAUCUCAAUGCUGAGAUCCUCCAGUCUGGGGAGGACUCCCAUAUGAGGGGUGAAAACCAGAGGUUUUGUGAGCUAUCACAUCAGGAAGCAGGGUCAGAGUGUGGGGGUAACGUGGGAACAGCAGAAACACUGAAGCAGUCAAAAAUAUCUCUCAUGAGCUAAAAUUUGUACUCUGGUCUGCAGGAACAUCCCUCCUCCAUCUCUAACUUGCACUUAUGUAAAUGCAUUGGGGUGGUGAAACUGAAAUUCUGAGGGCUUGAAUUAGGGGCCCAGGGAAGGAACUAACCAGAGGCUGGAUCCUGAUGUAGCAGAACCAGCUGUGUUCCUGCACCAAGGCAAAAUGACUCUGGCAGCAGAGAUUUGCAGUGCUGUUCUCCGGCUGCUGAUUGAACCCUUUCUUCUUUGAAGUCAAAGACACGCUGUUGAGUAAUCUCAUCUCGAUGCAAGAAUUAUGCCUCAGAAAUACCAGUUUACAGACAAAUGGAGCUCAUGUCCAUCAUCUCCCAGGGCGAAGUUUGGAUGUGAGACUCCAAGUGCACGUUAACCAUGUUUUAAUCUUGCUGUACACAGGAGACCUGGAAUUGCCUCUGUUACAGUACACAUACUGCAGGAACUCAGACGAGGUCUGGGAAGUGAUCCCUCUGCAGCAUGCUGCCUCACAGGGAGUUAUUUAUGGUGGUGGAUCCAGGGUGAUGGUGCCAAUUAUUCGUCUUUCCCCCUCCCUCCCUUGCCUUGUCCCAGCCAAACCUUUUUGUCUCUUCACCUUUUUGUCUCGUGUGUACCAACCACUCUGCCCUGGUGCCCAAGGUGCAUCCCAUCCCACAGUUCUGCCCUGUGCUAAUGGCAGGGAACAUUUCUAGAAAGGGAAUGAGGAACCACAGGAACUGGGACAUCUUAUAAAUUGCGAGUCACAGGUGACAAUCUCUGCACAGGGGAGUUAGAUAUAUCCAGAUACUGCAGGCACCUGGCAAGAGAGAAGGUGACCUGGGGGAAAAGAGCACAGUCCAUUACACAGUUGUGAUGCCCUGGCUUUGAGUUGUACUUACCUAGUUCACUUUCAACUGAACACAACAUAAGCAACCUGUUUUGUUUCUUUUGGCUGUGUCUUGGGAAUGGCAUUCACUGCCCGGCCACCCAGUACACACAGAUAUGUGCAGCACAAACUGGGUGUUGAACUCUGUUACAGUGCUUGGCAAUGUAUUUGACUUCUCCAGAGCUUGUCCUGGUUAAUUCUAUAGCAGCAGUCAGAGUGUUUUUAUUGUGAACAGCUCUGGAGUGCCUCUGAGAUAAGAAAGCUGCUGUAUUUAUCCGAUGUUGGUAAUGGCUGUAAACCAGGGAGCAGGAUG